UCAGUGUUAAAUAAAUAUUUUGAAAUUAUAGUUUUUGUAAUUGAUUUUUUUUCUUUGAAAAGCAAGACAAAAUAGUAAAAAGCACAUUUUGACUAUUUAAUUUAUGCAAUGGUGAAAAAAAUGGCAAAAUAAAUGGAAAAAACGCGAAAAAACGUGUUCGGUGUUCGGCCUUCAGCCAAGUUUUUCAUUAUAUUCGGUUUCGACUUCGGCCAAGAAUUGUCAUUUCGGUGCAUCCCUAUAUUUAACCCUCCUAUUAUGUUAUGGGUCAAUUUGACCAGUUUCCACAUUUGAGAUGUCUGAAAUAGUGGUUAAUCUCUCCUUUUCUUUGAAAUGUUCUUUUCCUCAUUUAGGGUUAUGAAUUUAUAUGCAACUAUUUCUUCUUAUGGCUUGUUUUGGACAAGCCAUAAUAAAGGUUUACUGUUUUAAGCUGUUCUUUGCUGUUUUUGAGUGCAUUUAAACUGUGGAAGUCAUCUUGGCCCAUAACAUAACUGAUGUAACUUUUUUUCUUCCCAACAUAAUAGGAGGGUUAACUAGUUUGUCAACUAGUUGUUAACACUAGUUUGUCAACUAGUUUGUUAACACAGUUGUUCACACUUACCAUGCUCAUUUUUAACGUUUAUUAGUUUGCCCCUCGACAUUGUGAACUCAUUCCUAACAAGUGAAGCAUCACCAAAAUGAACAAAACAAAAUGAAACAACCGCAGUUGUUAUUUCUUAAUCGCAGAAAAUCUAUCAAUUUAACAGCUCGCUUGCAGCACGAGUGCGUGUUUACAUUGAACAGGAAAUGACGUCAUACAUUUUGAAACAAUCCACGGCGCGCAGGGUUAAGAAAUUUCUCCACUUGCAGCAUAUAAUAACCUGCUGGUUCAGAAAAAAACGGAUUUAUAUCUACAGCCAUCCUGCGCUGGUUUUGUAAGUCUAGCAGACUCGGUUAAGAGAUCAGAUGUGUUUAUUUGUUUGCUUCUGUUAGCCAGUUUCUGAAGCUGAGGGUGACUAGCUAACGCGAGCUCGUUUAGCUGUUAGCUCGAUAGUUCAACUUACAGCAGAUCAAUUCAGUGUUUAUUUAACCUUUAAACCUAUAUACUGUCAGGUAGUUGUGUGCACCGGAAAUAGAUACUUGAUUAUACUGCAGAAAUGACCAGGCGCUGUUUCCACUCUUAAGCAGUUAGCUAGCAUCCUAGCUAGACUGUGAGCCGGGGGGGGGGUUGUUUUGAAAACAAACGGCAAAGUACAGCUGAUGAUGGACAUUUCCCCGCAGUGUAGGCCUGUAUCUGAGCUGGAGACAUAAACACAUAAACAUAAUCCGUAUUUUCAAAUAUGUUCACAUGUAUAUGUACAAUGUUAAGUAAACGGAGAAGCUAGUGAAGGCGAUCAAGCCAGCUAGCAACCAUUCUUCUUGUCUUCACUAAGAAUGGAGCAGUCGCCUUUUUAGUAUUUUGAACAUAUCUUGAACUGAGAAAAUAAAAAUAAACAAACCCAUAGGUUGGCAAAUGACUGUGUACUUGUUGACAAAUAUAACCAUUAUUCUGUGAUGUAACUUGUCUUUUUUUUUAUUUUUAGAAAUACCUGGUUGUUUGAGCAGAAGCUUGUCUGUGCUCUGUAUUUGACUGCAUGUUGAUCAGUAACAGGUAGGAUGGAGCUCCAGAAGAUUAUCCAUGAUGCACUGUAUGAUUUCGUCCGAUCGCACAUAACGCAUGCAGAUCUGAGCACCCUGGAUGAUGUGCUGCUUUCCUACAUCACUGGUGUGCUGGAAGAUUUGGGCUCCCAAGCAAGCGCUGAAGAAAACUUUGACGUUGAGGUGUUUGUUGAGAUGCUUGAAGCUUACAUUCCAGGAUUUUCCAACAUCGAUUGUGUUCAGGUCUGUGAAAUGAUGUUUAGCUUGGCCUCGAAAUUAGCCUCAGCAAGGAAUGAAGAGUUGAAGACAGAAGAGGGGAAUUGUUCCUUGACUCCUGCACUAGAGCAAAGAGUUCCCAUGCAAAAGACCCACAGCAACUCCUCACAUGUAGAGGGAGCCACAGCCAAGGUGAGCAUUACAGAGUGGGAUGAACAGGAACAGCACCUUCUGGAGAUGUUUCCUAAGUGUAGCGUGACCGAGGCCAGAAGUGCGUUAUCUAUUGCUAAAGGAGACAUGGAGGAAGCUGUUCGACUCAUUAUUGAGGGAGAUGUGCAGCUCAGUCCCACCCCUCCCCUCAGUGGAAGCCAAGGGAAGACAGUUUCUGCACAAGCUGAUGAGAAGCUCAAAGCAAAUAUUUUAGAAAAGUACAUGUUGGUAGAUAGUGAGGAAGAUAAGAAAAUACACAGACCGUUCAUCCCAAAAGACGCUCCAAAGAAGUUGGUGCGUUACCAUGGCAAUCAAGUGGUGACUACCAAGGGAGAGCGCUACCAUCUGGUCAAGAAAGAUGAAACGGAGGAAAUGAAAAAGACUUACGUUAGCCUUAAACCAGCACGCAAAUACCGCUUUCAUUGAUGAUGUCUGUACAAUUACACAUCUGGUUUUUAAGUUUUAUUUAUAACAGGAGUGAUUUGGCCUGUAUAUGAGCUUUUAUGUGAGGUCCUAUUUUUCACUUUUUUUGUCGCUUGCUUUUUUGGGGUAUGGAUGAUUCAGACUCUAUUCCGUUCUAACUGCACUGACAAUGAAAUCUUUACAAAGAUUUGUUUUGGGGAAGUCUUUUACUUUUUGGUUUUUUUUGGUUUAGUUGUGUUUUAUGUACCAACAUCGGUUCUAUGUUACCCCUCCUAACUGCCAAGGGUGGUUAAAAGAAACCUGUGUGUGUGUGCAUCCAUGUUAACAAGACCUUCCACAGUCAUAUAGUGGUAGCCAUUCUCCCCCUUUUCUUCAUGUUCAUGGAGCUAUCCAAUUAUCAGCUUGUUGACCGCAUUCAGAACUACAGAUGACUUGUUCUCCAAGGCUAAGGAUAACCUCCUCUCAAUCUCUUCUACCUCGUUGAGUGUACUUCUUGUAUAUUUUAUAUAUAUAGUAUAUUAUGAAUAUUAUGAAUAUUAUUCAUAGAAUGCUACUGUAGUGCUCAGCAUUACUACCUUGUAUCACUCACCGCAUUGAUCACUACCUUAAAAAGGUCACGUUCCAUGCUGUCUAGCGAGCUACCAGGCCACUAAUCCACAAGGAUGUAGUGUCUGACUCUGGACAUCCUCUGUGCUGACUGCAGUAGUCUCGAUGUCGAUGGAACCCUCUAAACCAGCAGAUUUAGACCCUGGUUCAGAGAUUCAUCUGACCCAAUCUCUGUAGCGCAUACAGCUUGUUGGCUGCAAAAUGCCCACAUCUAGUGAUGACUGAUAAGCAUAACAAAAAGCCUAGAGAGCAAUCUGAACUGCUCUCUAAAUUAAUUCAUGGCUUUGAAGCAGACAUGGCUCAGCUAAAAUCAGUGAUUCAGGAGCUGAGACCGUACAACUGGUAGGCUCAGAGUUUUUAACAGCACACUCCUUAGAGUUCAAUGCCCAGUCAUCCUUUUCGUUCCUUAUCAGGGGAGGAAACUGUCCAUCCUGUGCUGGAGGCUGACUUACUAGUGAUCACUUCAGCUUAAAAGAGUUGGAGAAUUACAUGCUCUGGCAAUAAGCUCAUUUUGCAUGUGUUGAUGACCAGAUGUUUCUGGAGAGACCUUGUGGUUGAAUCUAGGAUUUCUGCCCAAGGUCAUAUAAACCAAUUUUCGAAUCGGUUGAUUGACCUUGUAGCAGGGUGAGCCUGCUUGCUAUGGCUGGUACACACCCUACAAUAUUGUCAAAACCAGACGGUGUCCACCUGAUCCAUAGACAAAAGACACUCCUGGUGUAAACAGAGGCUGGCCCACAGGUUGGUGAACUCCAUCAACAUCGCCUAUAAAAGGGCUGGACAGCCACCCCUACUGUGACAUGGCACUCUACGAGGAGGGUCUCCUUAUUUUUGGGCAUUAUUUAGAGACGCCUCCAGGAAUUCUGUGCUGCUGCUAUUACUACCUGGACUUCACCAUGCACAUUCUCUAGCUUGUACAAGUGGCUUGAGUGCCGAGGUUAUCUCUGAGCACUCUCAAGGAUAUUCAUGUUCAUGACAUUGUUGGCAUAUGUUAUCCGGGAGAUUCCCACCCCUGGUAGUUAGGUGGGAUGAACUAGAAUUAUGUAACUGUGCUUUUAUGAACCCCAGAUAAACCCAAAGGGUCCUUCUCAUUUGAAAACAGCGCCAGCUCAGCAAGAAGGUUCCAUUGAAAGAUGGCUUUAUCAUGGUGGUAUUUAUUGUAAAUACUGCAUCAUACGUCACUACAUGACUUUGAAAGGUCUUGGCGCACACUCAAGAAGGCACCAAGGUGUCCCUGGCUGUCCCUAGUGGGUAUCCAGGGUUUAUAUAUAUUACAUACAUAACAUGCAGUGUUUUAAGGAUAAUGAUAGUUAGGCAUGCAUUUUGAAAUCUGAUUGCCAUGGGGUAAUGAAAUGUGUCAGUCAGUAAUAUAUGCUGCUAAGUGGCUGUUCUGUUAUAAAAACAACCAAUCCAACAGUUACUCAGCCUCAGGCAUUAUUAAAGCUGGGAUGUAGUGAGAUUAAAUGACCAAAGGCUCUCAUGGGGGGGGCGGGGGGGGGGAGAGUUACACUGUUUUUUUUUAUGCAGAUACAAAUUAUACAAGCAUCUCCCAGUUUCAUUGCAUUACUACUUGUAGUGUAAAUUCUUUUGAGCUUUGAGUGAUUUACACUGGAUCCACAGUACUUUUUUUUUUUUUUUUUUUUUUUUUAGUAUUAUGAUGUGUUUUAGUCUCAUUCUGCUGUUCUGUAUUAGAAGUGUUGUGUACUUUGGUGUGUACAGUUCUGCAUGGUUUUAGCUGAUGGAAGAUGACUGUUCAUGUAACUCAUGUUCACUAUUCAUAGUAGUACAGGAACCCUUGUGUAUGAAUAUUUGUAAGGUGUCAUUUGUGCUCAGGUUAUGCAGUUCCUCAUGAAGUGACAUCUGCUAACUGAUAAACUACAAAACUGUGUUGAAACGCAUCAAAAUUUAGAUUUUUGCUGUAUGAUUAACAUAAAAAGAUGGAUAUAAACUUACAUCAGGUGUAUAUUUCUGGCUGUAUGUGUUUUAUCAUUCUAAAUUCACAGCACUAUUUUGUGUCAACAUCUGUCGUGUAACAUGAGCACAAGUUGUGGAACAGUUGGCUGAGCUAUCAUUUGAAAAGGUGGUGUGUUUUUUAUUUUUUAUUAUUAUUUUAUCAUUAGCAGAAUACAGAGUUAUGAAUGUGUAUUCUGGUUGUUAACCUGUUAAAACUCUUAACUCUGUAGUGUUUUUAAAAGAAUAUCAAAUGCUUGAGAAAUAAAUGAGUGAAGAAUUGAACGCUAUUAUUGGACAAUACAAAAUCUUCCAUUUUUUUCUGCUAGGUUCAGUGUGAUCGCAACCACUGAUUUAUAGCAGCAUAUUGCAGAGGGGUAUUUUAUAGAAAAAAACACCCACAACAGUAUGUCAUAUAAAGAAUUUAUUGUGUUGCUGUCGUCUAUGGUUACAGCAUCAGUAAAUACUAGUCGGUCUGAUCCAGAGGCUGGUCUGCAUGGAAAGGCAGCAGAUUACACAGAUGACAGACAGAUUCCUUGCACAAUAGCAGUGUAAUGUAAUGUAAUGUAAUGUAAUGUAAUGCCACACCACUAUCUGUAUUUGCACUUAAACCUGAAGUGGAUGUGGCUGAAAGCAGAAAGGUGAAAAUAUAAACAAACUAGUAGCCGAAUUUAAACUAAGGAUGACUGAAUGAACACUGUAAAUGCAGAACUCCACAUGUUCAUGUCCAUGGAAGUGGAUUUUGUUAGUAGCUUUAUAUCUAA